AUGAUCAGAGCCGCUGUGAGCACACCUUAUCUCAGAGCCUGCCUCAAUACUACACGUCAAACCACUAAAAGAUUCGCCAUGUCCAACAACGCUGUUCGUACUUUUGUCGCUGAGGCAACCAUCCCCAAGCUCAAGGAUUCCUCUCUUUUCCGCCAUGCUGCUUAUGUCAACAGCGAAUGGAUUACUUCUGACAAGACCUUCUCUGUUUAUGAUCCUGCCACUGGUAAGGAAAUUGGCAAGUUGCCCGAGAUGGGUGGUGAAGAUACCACCAAGGCUAUCCAAGCUGCCUCUGAAGCAUUCAAGUCCUGGUCCCAAACCACUGGCAAGCAACGUCAUGACUUGUUGAAGAAGUGGUACGACUUGACCAUGGCCAACACUGAAGAUUUGGCUACCAUCCUUACUUGGGAAAAUGGCAAGACCUAUGCUGAGGCCAAGGGUGAAAUUGCUUAUGGUGCAAGCUUUUUUGAAUGGUUUGCUGAGGAAGCUGUUCGUUCCUAUGGCAACGUGAUCCCAUCCCAUAUUCCCAGCCAACGCUUCAUCACCAUCAAGCAACCCGUUGGUGUCGUUGGUGUCAUCACUCCUUGGAACUUCCCCAAUGCCAUGAUCACCCGUAAGGUGGGCGCUGCUCUUGCUGCUGGUUGUACUGUUGUCAUCAAGCCUGGUGCUGAAACCCCUUACUCUGCCUUGGCCUUGUGUGAACUUGCCGAACGUGCUGGUAUUCCAAAGGGUGUCAUCAACGUCGUCACUACCCAUGAAAAGGUUGCUGAAGUUGGCAAGGAAUUGUGCACCAACCCCAUUGUUAAGAAGAUCUCUUUCACUGGUUCCACCGGUGUUGGUAAGAUGCUUAUGGCCCAAUCCUCUGGUACUAUGAAGAAGAUCUCCAUGGAGCUUGGUGGUAACGCUCCCUUCAUUGUCUUUGAUGAUGCUGAUGUGGAUGCUGCUGUUGAAGGUGUGCUUGCAUGCAAGUUCCGUGGUACUGGUCAAACCUGUGUUUGCGCCAACCGUAUCUAUGUGCAAAAGGGUAUCUAUGCUCUCUUCGCCUCUAAGCUUGCUGAGAAGGUUGGCAAGUUCCGUGUGGGUCACGGUUUCAAUGCCGAUACCACCCAUGGUCCUUUGAUCAAUGACAAGGCUGUUGAAAAGGUCAAGCGUCAUAUUGAUGAUGCUGUCAGCAAGGGUGGUGAAUUGCUUGUUGGUGGCAAGCACGUUGGUGGCAACUUUAUCGAACCUGCUGUUGUUGCCAACAUGACUCAAGAAAUGGCUAUUGCUGGUGAAGAGACCUUCGGCCCUGUUGCUGGUCUUUUUGAAUUCUCUACCGAAGAAGAGGUGCUUGAAUAUGCCAACAAGACCGAGUUUGGUCUUGCCAGCUAUUUCUAUUCCCGUGACAUUGGUCGCAUCUGGCGUGUGGCUGAGAAGCUUGAGGCUGGUAUGGUGGGUGCCAACUCGCCCAUUCUUUCAAGCUGCUACACUCCUUUCGGUGGUAUCAAGGAAAGUGGUGUCGGUCGUGAGGGCUCCAUGUAUGGCAUGGAUGAUUACCUUAACAUCAAGUACAUCAACAUGGGUGGCAUCUAA